ACACGUUACGAUGCCCACACGGAUCCACAAGGACAUGCUGUAAUCCGUUCAUCAGGGACAUUUUGAUUUCUUCUAUCAAUUUAUUUUGUGUGCGUUUCUUUUAUUGUCUAAAUUCUAACGGAAACCUCUUUUGUCCGCGGGAUACCGAUGGCCACCUCCGCCACCAUCCCCAGCAUCAGCAGCAACACGGGAGGGCCGACGGGCCAGCCAGGACGGCCGGGAUUCAACCAGCACACCUAGCAGCUCCCUCCACCGCUGAAGACCCCCACAUCAGACCGCGCUGCCUUAACUGACCUUCUUCUCUCCUGACGGGUUGCGACCUCAGUGCAGAACAACAGGACUCUUCAUCAUCAUCAUUACAAAUCCAGCUCUCAGCAGCCCAACAUGACAAAGAGGAGCAUCAACGCCACCUGAUGAAAACCAAAUUCUGAAAAAUGACUGAGAGCAGGCGGAGGCGGAGGGAGCUGUGAGACAGAAAAUCAGGACAAAUAGGAUGUGAAUUUGAAAAAGAUUCUCCUACCAUGAGUGAAGCUGUUUGACUCCUAAAAUCUUCAAUAAAAUCAGCAUUUCAAUCCAGCAUCAAAACCAAAAACAGAGACUGUUAGAUUCCAAUGAUGUAGAAGCAGACAGCAGAGACGAUUGUUGAUUUAUAAGCUGUUUCUGUUGGACGACGUCCAACAAAGACGACUACGAUUGUGACUCUCCUCUGACUUUUUCAGGCGUUGCAACUAUAACUAAAGAAACUGAAAUAAAAGACAUAAAAACAAAGACAGCAAACAUGAUUGUUUUACUUUAAAGGGCAAAGAUUCACGUUACCGACCUCUUCAACAACCAAAUCAAAAAUCUGAGCCGCUGAAGAUUGUACAACAAAACAAUCAACAAGAAGAAACUUUGAGGAAAUAGUUGUCCUGGGAUUUCAAGGAGUCUGAAUAAAACUUGAAAACCGAAAGGAUUUAAAAAAUAAAUACAUCAGUUGAUUUUGGGUUAGUAUUUUGCACAGAAACAUAUUUUGGACAUAAGGAACCAAAAGAGAGUGAGACUCCAUGAUGACGCAUCUGCACGCCGGUCUCAGCUCAGAGACGACAGAGAAGGCUCGUCUGGAGCUGAACGAGAACCCGGACACUCUGCAUCAGGACAUCCAGCAGGUCCGGGACAUGAUUGUGACACGGCCCGACAUCGGUUUCCUGAGGACUGACGAUGACUUCAUCCUCCGCUUCCUGAGAGCCAGAAAGUUCGAUCAGGUGGAGACUUUCAGGCUACUGGCCCAGUACUUCCAGUUCAGACAGCAGAACCUGGACAUGUUUCAGAGCUUCAAGGUGGACGACCCGGGUAUUAAGCGAGCGCUGAUGGAUGGUUUUCCAGGCGUGCUGGAGACUCCAGACCAACAUGGCCGAAAAAUCCUCAUCCUGUUUGCCUCCAACUGGGACCAGAGCAGGAACUCGUUCACUGACAUCCUGCGGGCGAUCCUGCUCUCUCUGGAGGUUUUGAUAGAGAACCCGGAACUCCAGAUCAAUGGUUUCAUCCUCAUCAUCGACUGGAGCAACUUCUCCUUCAAACAGGCAUCCAAGUUAACGCCAAACAUCCUCAAACUGGCCAUCGAGGGCCUCCAGGACAGUUUUCCGGCCCGGUUUGGAGGAAUCCACUUUGUGAAUCAGCCUUGGUACAUUCAUGCCAUGUACACCAUCAUCAAACCUUUCCUCAAGGACAAAACCAGGAAGAGGAUCUUCCUCCACGGUAACAACCUAAACUCGCUCCACCAGCUCAUCCAGCCCGAGUGUUUGCCAUCAGAAUUCGGUGGCACCCUUCCUCCAUAUGAUAUGGGAAUCUGGGCGCGUACGCUGCUGGGACCCGACUACAAUGACGAGACGGAGUACACGCUGACCUACGACGCCCUACAUGUCAGAGAGAACUGUGGAGGAGGAGGAGACAAGGACAUGAUGAAGAGGUCUCAGUCAGCGGUCGAACCAGGAACUCUCCGACCGACAGACCGAGAGACCAGCACGCCUCUGCUGGCCUUGGACUGAACAAACACAGACAUAUAAAUAUAGUUAGUUUACCCACAGGCACAUGUAGAUUCAUCCACACUCAUGUACAGACACCCACACGUCUUUAAAGACGACAACACUUGGACACUCUCAUUCUGUCUGUAUUUAUCUGGGGGAUUUAAAGUCGUGUCCUGUUGACCCGGACUCUGAACUUCCUAAACGGGUCACACCCACUCAGCCUGCCCUGUCUCUGAGCCGUCUAAAGCCUCCCAGCUGAGCCAGCAUCUGUCCCCACGACGACCAACCGACGAGACGUGUGCUUCGAGUAUUUGUGAGAAAAAGAGGAGGAAUGUACCGCCGGGAUUUCACUGGUGACGCCUCUGGUUCUCACUGAGUCAGACACUCAGAGGAUGGGGUAAAACUUUAUUUAAACUUCUGAACAGAUGUGACGACACGACGGUUAAGACGAAACAAUUAAAUAUAUAAUGUCAACAGUAAGGAUGAGUUUGGCUGGGCUUCUCCAACAAGGAUUCAUUUAGACCAGCUUAAAAUCAGUUUAUUUGAUUCUGGGUUUAAAAAAACACCCUCAGUGUCAGCUGUUUCAUGUCCCCACGCUCACAGCUCGCUCAGUUGAAACCCAAAAGUUGGUGGACUCUGCCUGGGCAGGGUCAAGUCAGAGGAAACUCUGGAGGGUUCCUUAGCAUUCUUGUUUUCUAAUCAGUCGUCUGACCUGGGUCUAGGAAUUCAAGACUAAUCAAAACAUUUAGUUGCUGGUUCCCUAUAAAGUUUCCCUCAUAACAGCUGGUGUUCAGAGUUCUCUGUUCUUUCUGGUAAAGAUAAGAACAAUUAGAUUUCUUUGAGUCAACACAUUCUCAACUUAUGCUCAAGCUAUAAACACGCAAGUGUGCUCAAAGGACUGAAUUUUCAGGUCUGAAAACAUUUAAAUAUCAUAUCUGCAAAAAUGAAUCUAAAUAUCAGCAUAUGUGCAAAAAAAUCCAAUAUUGUGCAUCUCUACAAAUGGGUUUUCAUUUGGCACAGUUUGGCUUUUCAUGGAUUAAAUAAUGACAAGGAUGGAGGAAAGGAAACUGGUAGUCAAACUGGAGCUAGCUACCUUUGCUCACAUUAAAGAACCGUUACAUUGAACAGGCCCGUUGUGAACUGCACAUUUGUACUCGGUCUCUCACCCCACAAGGUUUAUUCGAUUGAUAGUACAUCACUGUUUAAAUUAAAAGCAUUUUUGUGACAAAAUGGGUUUAUAUGUUAAAGGGGCUCAGCUAGCCUCUAAACUUGGUAAAAGACUUCUCUAGACUCUGGUCUCCCUUCAUUUGCAUAGACGGCGUCUGCAGGACUGAGUAAAUGGUCGUAUUGAUCACCUCUGCACCAGUUAAACUGUGGAAAAAACUGUUUUUACAGCGUAGAGAUUGUACUCAUUGUAUGUAGAAAUAUUCUGAUAACUGCAGAGAGGAGAAAAUGCCACUCUGCCAAUCCCAAACCCCUAAUUCAAAUAUGACUAAACCUAUGUUAUGUUGGUAUUUUUACAACACUUGUCACAGUGAAAGGAAAUGUUCAUUUUUAGAGCUGGAAUGGGACGUUUGUUACGUUGACGACUGUGAGACAAGACGGUGGAUGAACUCUGCCGUGUCUAAAAGGACAGAACAGCAUGUGAUGAAUUUAAUUUUAAACAUUUAAUUUGGUAAUGUUUGACCUUAACUGCAUUGCAACUAACAUCAACAGCACAUCAGUGCAGCUUUAAAGCUUCCUCCAUGUUUGUUUCAGUUUGGUAUAAAAAUCUGUGGUUAAAACACGAUAAAAUGGUCUUAAUUUUCUUAAAGAUGAUCGUUGUUGGUGAAACCCAGUCUUAAACUCUAGAAAAGCAUUAAUGUUGAGUGUUUUCUGAGCUGUGAUUGUGAAUCUAAAGUUACUUUCAGGUUUAUGUGUGCAGGGUUCUCACAUGGCGGCUCUAUCACUUCCUCAAGCCUUUCUGCUGGAGAUAUUUCCUUAUUUAUGAAACGUUGUUUUAAAUUUAGACCAAACUUUGUUUUUUCUUGUUUUAGUGUCACAAACUGAAUGAGAAAAAUAACUCAGUGGGGGUGGAAACGUUCCCAUGUCAGAAUGAAAUGAAGGGAAAACUCACUUUGGUAAAAUAUUUUCACCUUAUUCUUUCAUUUGCAGCAGAAACACAUCAAGUUAAGCUGAGUUUAUACUUCUGGGUUGAAUCUACACCGUCAUGAGCAUCACAUGUGCACUAGUAUCUCUGUGUAGCUCUGCAAUACUCAACCAAAACACCACUGGGACUAAAGAAAGAAUGAUUUUAUUGUAGUUGGAGCUGAUAAGUAUUGAUCAGCGGAUUAUACAGCAGUUAUUGCAAAGAAGAAAACAGAGGAGACAUCAGAGGAGAUGGAAAGGAUGAGGAGAUGCACCUGCAAUAUUUUCAGAUGUUAGGAAGUUGAUGUGACUUGUAACGCCACCUGCAGCCAUUUAUCUCCCAGCAGAGUUCACACAAUACGCCUGUAGACUUAAUCAAUCCCCAGUGCUACCCAGCGGACAAAUCACAGGGCUUUGGGUCUGCAUUACCUCCAUGCGUAGUUGCAUUUUUAAGGAGGUGCAUGUCAGCCAUGUGCAUAAGCCUUCAGUAUCUUUAGGGCGUCUCACUCUCUCGGUGUAGAGUUGACACAGAAGUAUAAAUGAGCCUUUACACAGGCUUUUUGAUCAAAAACCUGCACAUAUCAACACAUUUAAACCGGAUCAUAUGCAUGGGAAUGUUCAAAACUCUUCUACCAGAGUGAAACAUUUCUUUCUUUAUCAGUGUUUUAUUUUGAAGAAACCACAGGAUGCCAAAUUUUCACCUUUAACUUUGAUUGUGAAGGGAAAGAUUGUUUUUAUUGAAUCUAACUUAUUUAAAGAUUGUAUAUUAUUGUUAUCAGUAUUACCACGCUGUAAAACAGUGGCACACUUGGCCGAUUUAAUCCUGAGAGAUUUGAAGUUAAAUUUUCAUUUUCUGCAAAUUUAAUCAUCAAUAUUUACGGACUUAAAUCAGAAAUAAAUCUUAAAUGUAGAAGCAGACUGAUAGUUUAUCUUCACUCUCUUAAAUAAUGUGAAUGAUGUGUAAAUUUAAAGGCCAAAUUUGUCACAGAUUUUGCAGCGUGUUUGACUCGUCAUCAGGGCUACACUGAGCAGUGAUCUGGUCUCCACUCGACUGUAAUGUAUUUCCUUUCAAUGAAUGUAUAGAAGUAAACA